UCUGGGUUUCCAUUUUUAGUAUCAAAUUAACAUUGUGAGUAGUGAUCAUUGGAAUUAAGAUUGAGUUGGAGAUGGGGUUAAAGGGUAAGUUGAUAGCGGCAAUAGAAUUCAAGGUCGGCGGAGAUUUGUUCCAUGAUCAUUUCAGGUACACACCACACAAAGUUUCCACAGCUAGCCCGCAGAAACUGCAAGGAUGUGAUUUGCUUGAGGGUGAAUUUGGUCACGUUGGCUCCGUUUUGUGUUGGAGGUACACCCACGAAGGAAAAGAGAAGAAACUAAAAGACGUCAUUAGGAAAAUCGAUGAAGAGAAGAAGCUGGUUGAGUACGAGGUGUUAGAAGGGGACUUGAUGGAGCUAUACAAAGCACUCACAAUCACAAUCCACGUGGAGACGAAGGACGACAUUGAUUUGGCCACGUGGACUCUGGAGUAUGAGAUGCUGCAUGAAGAAGAUGUGGAACAUCCCAUUUCUUUCCUCUCCUUCCUCUUGGACCUCACCAAAGACAUGGAGACUCACCACAAACUCAACCCUUGAUCUUCCAUCAACUUCAUCGGCCAAUAUAAUGUUUCAGGACAUCUUUUAAAAUCAUUCUAAUAAACAGAAAAUUGUCGGUUUGUAACCAGAUUUUGUCACAGGCUUGUUAUAAGUCUGUACAAAACACUUUACAAAUGGAUACUGUAGUUUUUGUUACAUUCGAGUAACGUUUGUUGUUGGAGUUCGGCUUUUGAUAAGAUUUAGGUCAGAAGCUAAGGGUGUGUAUGGCCAUGUUUAUUUCGUGGUCGGGAUCCGGAAUAAUGUAUGGAGUCAUAAUAUUGGUUUGAUGCUUUUAAUUUCUAUCGGAAUAAGGGUUGUUGUAUUAAGAAAGUGGAAAUGUGUGGUUGUGGUUGUGUAAGAAAAAUGUGAAAUGAAUGUGAACCACACAAAAUAUCCAAAAAUGUUACGUAAGUGGUAAGAAUUUUUUGGGACGGUC